AUGCCCGAGACGGAUGUUCUGAUUGCUGGAGCAGGGCCAACUGGCCUUGUUCUUGCUCUUUGGCUUCACGUCCAGGGCGUCAAAAUCCGCAUUGUUGACCAGGGAGAAGGCCCCGCCCCCAACUCGCGCGCGCUCGCCGUGCACGCCCGCAUUCUAGAGCUAUAUCAUCAACUUGACCUGGCUGAUGAGCUCAUAGAGCAUGGCUAUCAGCUACCUGCUACCAAUGUAUGGGUUAAUGGUUCUCACAGAGCCCAUAUCAACCUGCGACAAUUCGGUACAGGGCUGACCCCAUAUCCCUACCUGCUUACCCUCCCGCAAGACGAGCAUGAACGCUUGCUUGAGAAGAGGCUGAACUCCUUUGGUAUCUUCGUUGAGAGGAAAACGAAGCUACAGAAGUUCGUGGAUAAUGGCUCAAGUAUCACUGCGACGUUGGCAUCUGCGAACGGACAUGAGUCUACCUGCGAAGCGGCCUAUAUUGUUGGGUGCGACGGCGCCCAUUCGGCGGUUCGACAUGGUAUUGGUGCAAAAUACGAGGGUGGCACUUAUGUGCCGCUCUUCUAUAUUGCAGAUAUUGUAGCCGAAGAGCAAGAUAGUCCGCUGUUCAACGGCGAAGCUCAUUUGACCUUUGUCGACGAGACUUUCAAUUUGAUUCUCCCUUACGUCGAAGAACGCCAUGUCCGAUUGAUUGGAACGACAAUUCCAAAGACCAAUGGAACCCAGGAGACCGAUAUCUCGGAGUCUCAACACGAAGUCACUUUUGAGGAUGUGCUCCCAGAAAUCAAGAAAACAUCCAAGAUCGAGAUUCAAAAAGUCAAUUGGUUCUCCACAUACCGCAGCCACCACCGUGUGGCAGAUAAAUUCCGCAGCAACAGAGCUUUCCUUGUCGGAGACGCUGCUCACAUUCAUAGCCCAGUGGGCGGCCAGGGCAUGAACACAGGCAUCAUGGAUGCCAUCAACUUGGCAUGGAAACUGGCAACUGUGAUCAAACACCCCUCAAUGACAGAAGAGGCCAAAAAUGCCCUUCUGGAUACCUACGAACCGGAACGGCGUUCAUUUGCGUUAGAUGUUGUCGGCGCAACGGAUCAUGGCUUCACGGUUCUCACAAGUUCGGGAUUCCUUCCGCAUAUUCUGCGUGCAUGGGUAAUUCCCUAUCUUAUCCCACUAGUCACCCGAUUAGAGACCGUCCGCAUGGAGAUUUUCAGACGUGGAUCCCAGCUUGUCUGCUCCUACAGAGGUAACCGCAUGCUCAACCAAACAACACAAGGCUCGGAGGCAGUACAACCGGGUGACCGGCUGCCAUGGGUCAAAACUGAGCAACAAGAUAAUUUUUCAACUCUGCGCGACAUCUGUUGGCAGGUCCAUGUCUAUGGUGAUUCUCUGGUAGGGCUGGAAGAAUGGUGCAAGACAAAACACGUUCAGUUAACCAUCUUUGACUGGGAUGAGAAGCAUGGCAAAGUUGGACUCAAGGAAGGUUCUGCAUAUUUGUUGCGACCGGAUCAAUAUAUUGCGGGGAUAUUCGAGGGCGACGACCUAAAGUCCAAGUUGGACGAGUACUUCUCGACUCGAGGGUUGUUAUGCUAA